AUGAACGGGUCGGUGGAAGAACUAUUAAAUCGCUUAUCGGCGAUUAACGACAGGUGUUAUCUGCUGGUGGAUGAAAUAAAAAAUUACAUGUCAAACAAACUUUACCAUGAGUUAACCCUAGCACUCAUCGAGUUGUUUACCAUGUCUGAAAUAUCUUGCAAUGACAGACUUCUUUUAUUUGAAAUGAUAGUGCAUCCUAUCAAAAAUGAUCUGAACAUUUUGAAGUUCUCACAUAUUUUACGCCUGUCCUCUGAACAUCUAGAGCCUUUAGCGUCACUAGAUCAAUUGUCUAAAUAUGACAAUUACUUAUCAACAGACACUCAAGCCAGUUUUAUGAUUAAAAUUGCAAAGUCAUACCACCAUACUCGGAAUCAAUCCUACGACCAAAGUUUGAAGCUUUUGGAGGAAGUAAAACCUGAGAUAGAAUCCGGAUUUGGCUUGGACAUAACGGUAAUCUCAGCCUAUUACAAAGUGUCAGCGAAUCUAAAUAAGGCAACGCACAAAUACAAUUCAUGGUACCAGGACUCACUCAUGUACCUAAACUACACUCCUCUGGAUAGUAUCAGUCCAACUGAACGUGAUGAAUUGGCACUGGAUAUAGCAAUUGCCUCGAUUGCAGCGCCAGAUAACUACAAUUUUGGUGCUGUUCUAAUUCAGCCACUAAUCAACACGUGUUUGAAACAGCACUCCACAUUUGGCUGGGUAUACGCAAUUUUAAUGGCUCUUAAUGAUGGCGACUUCACACAAUACGAUGAGAUAAUUUCAAAAUAUAAAGUCCAAAUCAGCCAUUCCGAAUUAAAUCAUCACAAAGAGCAACUCCAAAGAAAAAUUACACUUAUGGCAUUCCUGAAACUCGUGUUUAGAAAGGCUAAGAAACAACGCAUAUUUACAUUCGAAGAAAUAUCCCAGAAUUGUCGGAUUCCAAUAGAUGAGGUGGAAUACUUGCUUCUAAAAGCUAUGUGCAACAAUGUGGUUAAGGGUAAAAUUAACCAGGUUGAGCAGAUCGUCAGUUUUACGUGGGUUCAACCUAGGAUAAUCGACUCAACAAAAUUGACAGUUCUCCUAGAUGGGGUUAACGAGUGGAAUCAACAACUAAAAGCGCUCAUAAACAAGCUCAAAGAAAUUACUCCAGAGUUACUAGUGUCGUGA